AUACCUUCCCAGAAAUCUCUUCUCAGUUCUCUCAUCUUUUGCCAUUCAACACGUAACUAUUUUCUUCCUCUCUUCCUAUUCCUUCUUCUUAACCCAAAACCUUCAUAUUUUUCAUCUCUCUUUUCUCUCAUAGCCUUCUUCUUUUUCUUCCUCAGACUUAUCUCAUGACCACUUCUUUCUCUGACCUUCUCUCUUCUCCCACCGACCGGAACUCCGAAAGACCUCAAGAGUUGUCGGAUCAAACAGGUUCUGCUGUGCCAAAAUUCAAGUCCACACCACCUCCAUCUCUCCCUAUCUCUCAUCCUCAAAAUCAUCCUCUUCCACCCAUUUCUCCUUCUUACUUUAACAUCCCUCAUGGGUUAAGCCUCGCUGAACUUCUUGACUCCCCAGUUCUCCUUCACUCUUCCAACGUUUUGCCAUCUCCGACCACUGGAUCAUACGCUGGUCAAGGCUUCAAUUGGAAGAGCAGUUAUGGGGAAAACCAGCACCAUGUCAAAGAAGAAGACAAAAGCUUCUCAAGUUUCUCCUUCCAAACGCAAACACAAACACAGAUUCCUCUUACAUCUUCAACUGGAUUUCAAUCUUCAAACGGGUGGAGUUUCCCGGAAACUGCUAAACAAGAUGGAUUCUCUUCAAGAAUGAAUAUGAGUAUGGUGAAAACUGAAGCCUCUUCAGCGAUGCAGAGUUUCAACUCUGAGAAUAAUAACCACAACAGUGCUGGUAUUCAAUCAGAUUAUAGCAGUUACCAGCCACAGGUUCAGACCUUAAGCAGAAGGUCAGAUGAUGGGUACAAUUGGAGGAAAUAUGGGCAAAAACAAGUGAAAGGAAGUGAAAAUCCAAGAAGCUACUACAAGUGCACAUACCCCAGUUGUCCAACAAAGAAAAAGGUUGAGAGGUCCUUAGAUGGACAAAUUACUGAGAUUGUUUACAAAGGUAGUCAUAAUCAUCCCAAGCCUCAGGCUAACAAGAGGAACUCAUUGUCUGCCUCAUCACUUGCAAUAAACAGCGUCAACAAUGAAAUAACACAAGCCACUCAUCACAUGGAUUCGGUUGCAACUCCAGAAAACUCAUCCAUAUCAAUGGAAGAUGACGACUUUGGUCAGAGCAAAUCAGGAGGAGAUGAGUUUGAUAAUGAUGAACCUGAUGCCAAAAGAUGGAGAUUAGAAGGUGAAAAUGAGGGUAUAUCAGCUGUUGGAAGUAGAACAGUGAGAGAACCCAGAGUUGUGGUUCAGACAACCAGUGACAUCGAUAUUCUAGAUGAUGGAUACAGAUGGAGGAAAUAUGGGCAGAAAGUAGUAAAGGGAAAUCCAAAUCCAAGGAGUUACUACAAAUGCACAUUCACAGGAUGUCCAGUGAGAAAGCACGUAGAGAGAGCUUCACAUGACCUAAGGGCAGUGAUCACAACCUAUGAAGGAAAGCAUAACCAUGACGUGCCAGCAGCACGUGGCAGUGGCAGCAACUCUAUCAGCAGAGCAGUGCCUAUAAACGCUACCACAAACAGCACCACUAGUGCAGCAACUUCCAUAUACAGUAACAAUUCUCACCAGAAUCUUAGACCACCAGCACCAGAAAGGACACAACACUACAACCCCAAUAUGCAGCAGGGCUCAGGAAGUUUUGGAUUCUCAGGGUUUGGGAAUCCAUUAAUGGGGUCUUACAUGAACCAACAUUCUGACAAUGUGUUCGCUUCUAGAGCCAAGGAGGAGCCAGGAGAUGACUCGUUUCUUGACUCUUUGCUAUGUUAAAGGAAGGUUGGACUUUUUAGAAGGGGUUGGCUUAGGAUUUUAUUUGACCAAUAAUUAAGAUCUUCAUUCCAUUUAUUUAAAACUUUCACAUGCAGUUGUGUAAGUAUUUUUAUAUCUCCUCUUAAGUUAGAGUUUGAGUUUCAUAUGAAAUUUUAACUCUAACUUAAAAGACAGCACCAAAAAUACUUAAGAAAUUGCAUGUAAGUUUUAUCUAUUUUUUUAUUUUGUUUAUUAUAUUUCCAUACCCACCCACACAGGAUUGUUAUAUAUACUGAACAGGUUUUUUACUGUUAUAUAUCUUUCAUUUCAUA